AGGUCCUGUCCUACUCAGGAACACUCUGCCGUGCCACCUGUACGCUAAUUUCAGGAGAUUAUCCCUGGCAGUAUACUUACUUUCGAGUACCAAAUACAGCCGACUGUUUUUGGAUGCUGCUCGGACAGAUUUGAGUAAUUUCUUACUGCAAUAUGAGAAUUGUUUCGGAAGUGAACAUAUUGUUUACAAUAUACAUUCUCUAAAACAUAUAGCGGAUGACGUUGAGCUGCAUGGGCCACUAGAAGAAUUCAGCGCAUUUCCCUUCGAAUCCUAUAUGCGCAAGAUAAGGCAGUCCGUGCACUGUGGUUACACUGUGGCUAAGCAGGCAGCUCAGCGCUAUGUUGAACACGUGUACUUAAUGAAAAGUACAGGUGUGAAGCAUGUACCUAAGGAAGCUGGUAAUAGGUGUAUUGAAUUCAGCAAGGGAAAGCUGACGUAUCGGAAUACCAUAUUCACAUCUUAUUCUCCGGACAACGUCAUCUUAGCCUUAGGUAAACCAGGGAAUAUAGUUGAAAUGGAAAGUGAAGAUAGGAUCCGUUUUCGACCCUACAGUGAUUAUAGUGAUGAUUUUACGACACCGUUUAAGUCAAGGAAUUUAGGGAUAUUUAGAUGUUCGAAAUUCAGUCACGAAACACAUUGGAUAUCCUAUGUGAAUAUUGUCUGCAAGUGCAUGACUGUUCCAACAACUAAUGACGAAGUAGUCAUCCCCCUGCUUCAUACUUUUAAUUGAAGGAACUGUGCCGUAAUUUUUUGCUUGAACUGUUGAUAUGUAAUUCGUCUAAGUUUUUUUGUGACAUCUAUUUGUCGUCAAGUCCGAACAUCUACCUUUAACUGGUUAAUGUUGUUGGUCAAACUGAAGUUCAUUUGACAGUUUAUUCCAAGUUUUUGAGAUAUAGGUAUAUCCAUGCUGUUAUUCAUUUUAAGCAACCUGAUACAGAUAAAGUAACAGUCGUAUUUCCACUUCAUUACAUAUCCUUCCG